CAAUUCAGGAAAUAUGCACGCAGCUGAGAGAGGCCGGCUCCACCUUGUCUGACGAGGAACAAAUAAAUUAUAUACUACUGUCCAUGCCAAAGACAUAUGAAUCUGUAGUGACAGCGUUAGAAACAAUAGGGGAUUUGAAAUUAAAUAUAGUGAAAGACCGACUUUUAGCAGAAGAAGAAAAACAGAAGAAGUAUUAUAAUAAAUAUCCGGAUAAUCGAGGUCAAUCAACAUCAUUUAAUUGUUUCGUUUGUGGUAAACCAGGACAUAAAAAAUAUCAGUGCCGAGGAAAUGGAAGAGGAAAUAUACAAGGACACAGAGGUUACCAAGGACAAAGAGAUUAUCAUGGACAAGGACAGAGAAAUUAUCAAGGACAAGAACAUAGAGGAUAUCAAGAACAAGGACAUGGAUCUGGAAGCUGGAAUCGGGGGAGAAGUUUUAAUAGAGGACAAGGAGGAUAUAAUGGACCGAACAGAGGAACUGGAUAUAACCAAGGACGUGGACAUAGCAGCACAGGAAGACCGGGCCAGAGUACCAACUUUGUAGAAGAUGAAUCGGCAGCUUUCUAUUGUGGAAAUAUUUAAGAAAAAAUUUGUUAUCAGUGUCAAAAAUGGAUGAUGUCGGAUUGAGAAUUCAGUUUGCAAAUGGAAAAAUAAGAGUUUAUAAAUACAAUUACUUGUUAAUGAUCGGAAACAAAGAGGGAACACUAUACUCAGUAGAAUGCCAGGUGAAUAAAAACUCAUGUCAAUUAACUAAUACAGUAGAUACAGAAUUAGAUUUAUGGCACAGACGUUAUGGCCACUUGGGCUCACAAAAUUUAAAUAUUCUUGUACGUAAUAAUUUAGUAGAUGGUUUAUCCGAACUAAAAAAUAAAUUUGUUAAAGAUGGUAUAUGUGAAGCAUGUGUUUUGGGAAAAAGUCGUAGACAACCGUUUAAUAGAAUAGGGACUAGAGCUAAGAAACCUUUAGAAUUGGUACAUUCAGAUGUCUGCGGACCAAUCACUCCUAUGACUUGGGACGGUAAUAAAUAUUUUGUAACAUUCAUUGAUGAUUACACCCACUUCACAAUGGUAUUCUUAAUAAAAAAUAAAUCAGAGGUUUUCAAAAAGUUUGAGACAUAUUAUAAUAUUGUAACAAGACAUUUUAAUUUAAAUUUGCUAAAGCUGAGAAUCGAUAAUGGUCGUGAAUAUCUAUCAGAUGAAUUUAGGGAAUUUUGUAAUAGGAAUGGAAUCAUCAUGCAACAUACAGUACCUUACAAUCCAGAGAUGAACGGAGUGGCUGAAAAAAUGAAUAAUACCCUUAUGGACAAAGCGAGGACUAUAUUGAUAGAUUCAGGCAUGAAAAAAGAAUUUUGGGGCGAAGCAGUCUUAUAUGCGACAUAUGUAACAAAUAGAAGU